AUGGCAUGGAGGGGAAACAUAUCCAAGUCGCUGAAAGAGCUCAGGAUCCUUCUCUGUCAAUCUUCUCAAUCUAGCUCUUCCGCCAGAACUUUCGUAGAGACGAAUUACAAGGAUUUGAAGUCUCUAAACCCCAAAUUCCCAUUCCUGAUUCGCGAAUGUAGUGGGAUCCAGCCUCAGAUGUGGGCAAGAUAUGAUAUGGGUGUGGAGAGGUGUGUAAACUUGAACGGUAUGAACGAGUCACAGAUUCUGAAAGCCCUUGAAGAUCUUGUGAAAGCUGGAGGAGCUACCAAAGCCUGA